AUCCCCAUGAUCUAUGACAGUGAGUCACAGUGACGUGUACUAGAUGAGGGGUUGGAAGGAGCAAUAAUAGACCAUUGGCCCCUUGUUGAUAUUUAGGGACAAACUCCUCCCUUCAAAAUAAACCAAUCCAGAACACAUUAACUAUCAAUCACAGCCUAUCCAUUGAACUUAGGACAGUGCAGAACAUAGCUACAUUUUCAACAAGCCUUACUAGCAAGGGAAUCAUUAUCAAUUCCAGGUCUCACAAACGUAUUUGCCCGUCACACAGUGUGGAGGAGUCCUCUUUGCAGAAUGAGCAGCAUGUCUCAGGAGAUCUUGGCCUUUUUACUAAGCACUUCGGGAUGGGUGCUGGUGUCUUCCACCUUGCCGAUGGAAUAUUGGGAGGUAUCUUCAAAUGAUGGAUCAGUAAUCACCACAGCUACAUUCUAUUCCAACCUUUGGAAGACCUGCGUCAUCGAUUCAACUGGAGUCUCUAACUGCAAAGACUUUCCCUCGUUGCUGGCACUGAAUGGCUACAUCCAAGCAUGCAGGGGAUUGAUGAUUGCAGCCGUCUGUCUGGGUUUUUUUGCUUCUAUAUUUGCCCUUGUUGGAAUGAAAUGCACCAAACUUGGAGGAACUGACAACAAAAAAGCUAGUAUUGCCUGCUUGGCAGGUGUAAUUUUCCUUCUAAGUGGCCUCUGCUCACUUUCAGCGUGCUCCCUCUAUGCACACCGGAUAACAACAGAGUUUUUUGACCCAAUGUUUUAUGACCAGAAGUAUGAACUGGGAGCUGCGCUUUUUAUUGGCUGGGCAGGUUCAAUCCUCUGUAUCCUCGGAGGCAGCAUCUUCUGCUUCUCCAUAACAGGAUCUUUUAACACAAGCCAUAGUCGAGCAAACUAUGUCUACAAAGGUGCUGUCUCACGUUCUCAUAUCUCCUCCCACCCAAGAGGGCGGGCACAGUCCGUGAACCAGAGGCCGCCUCCUGACUGCAGCAACUCCUCCAGGAUUCAGCACUUUGAUAAGAAUGUGUAUGUGUGAGGUAUGUAAAUAUAAAACAU